CGUGUUUUUCUUCUUAUUUUUCAAUUAUUAAAGACACAAAUCAUCCGAGGAUGCCCUCCAGUAAUCAUUUUAAAUUCUUUAAACCAAUUCUUUACGUAUUUAAUUGAUUCUUGACUAAUAUUAAUACUACAAUAAUACAAGUUGAGAGAGAGAGAGAGAGAGAGAGAGGGAGGGAGAGUAAUUUACAAAUGAGUAUUUGGGCUCCCACCAUUCCUUUGAAGCUGAGUUUCAACCCACAUUUCUCCUCAAAUCUCAGAAGCCAUAGAUGAUAGAAUAGAACUCCUCCAAGAAUCAAACUGCAUAUUAAAACUGCAAUCAUACGCAAAAACAAACCUUUUUUUUUUCUUUUUUUGCAAGCCGACGGCAUUUUCAGAUGCUUAAAGUGGAAUCUAUUGUCGGAGCAAUCUGCAUUUUCAGACGACUCAAAAGUUCUGGAAAAAAAAAGAAGCUAAUAACUGAGAAGAAUCUGUGAAAAUCAAGUCUCCUGCAAAAAUAUCUGUACGCAAUGGUUUUCAAGAAAAUGUUAGUUUUGAUGAUGGGCUGUUUGGGGAUGUCGAAGCAGCCCACGCUGCCUGCUCCUCCAGCUGCAACUGGUGAAUCUUCAUCCAUUGAUGUCCAAAUUUGUGGAUCAAAAAGAAUCAGGCUCAGUGAUGGCAGAUUCUUGGCUUACACAGAGAGAGGAGUCCCCAAGAAUAAGUCCAAUUACAGAGUUAUUGUUGUUCAUGGAUUUGGAAGCUCUAAAGAGAUGAAUUUCAUGGCCUCCCAGGAGUUUCUUGAGGGGUUGAAGAUAUGUCUUCUGUUGUUCGACCGGGCUGGAUAUGGCGAAAGUGAUCCCAAUCCGAAGAGAUCAUUGAAGAGUGAAGCAUCCGACAUUGAAGAACUAGCUGAUAAGCUGCAGCUGGGAUCAAAGUUCUUCGUGCUUGGGGUGUCGUUGGGGUGCUACCCCGUCUGGGGUUGCCUGAGACGAACACCAAACAGGCUAGCAGGUGUUGCAUUAGUAGUUCCUUACAUAAACUAUAAAUGGCCAUCUCUUCCUAAUGACCUAACGAGGGAUGACUAUCGCAAGGGCCUCUCCCGGUGGGCUGUCUUCGUUGCAAGCCACGCUCCAAGAUUGCUGUAUUGGUGGCUGACACAGAAAUUGUUCCCUUCAUCGACUGUUCUUGAUAGGAACCCUGCAUUCUUCAGUCGAAAGGACUUGGAAGUGUUGAAGAUCACACCGGGCUACCAAUUGCUAAGCCAGAACAAGAUAAGGGACAAGACCGUGUUUGACUCCCUACGUCGUGACUUUGUGGUUGCCUUUGGCAAGUGGGACUUUGAUCCGUUGGAGCUUUGCAACCCCUACCCUCAGACAGAAAGCACGGUGCAUAUAUGGCAAGGGCACGAAGACAAGGUUGUGCCGUUCCAGCUGCAGAGGUACGUCUCUGGGAAACUGCCUUGGAUUCGGUAUCAUGAAGUCUCGGAUGGAGGGCAUUUGCUAGUUUAUGAUUCUGAUGUGUGUGAAGCCAUCUUGAGGUCUCUUUUGCUUGGAGAAGAUCCUCAAAUAUACAGACCUCAAUGCUAGUUUGGUUGGAUUUUUUCUUUUUCCCAUUCUUGUUCAUCACAAAAGUGUUGUGAUGAUCUUGUAAAGUAGAUUGGAGUAUUGGUAUUUUAUUUGUUUUAAGAAACUUUUGGUUGUCAAUGGAGUUGCAGUUGUUGGUUUUGUGGAUAAAA